UUAACCAAAAGAGUAGAAGUGAACCAAAAUGCCAAUAUAUCAAGUAAACAAGGUUCAAAAAUCACCCUAAAAUCAUAUCGAAUAACAAGAUAUCAUGCGCCCAAUAACCAAAAGGAUAAUUAUUUGUUAGCUAUUAAUUCUACUAAACCCAAUCCAAUAUCUACUAAAGUUUAUGUGCCACUAACACCAUCUGUUUCCGUGCACAGGAAUAUAGAAGGCUCUUCUAGUUUUCCUAAGUUUUGCAGGAACGCUUCUGCCUCUGCCAGUAUACAUGAUUUGGUUUUGCAAGCCGCUCCUACAAAUACAGCUCCCCUUAAGCGAACAAGCAGCUGGUCCAUCGAUGAAAAGCUACUCAUUCAAUCACUAUACAAGGUUAUGGUCUCUGUAUCUAGGACAUAUCCAAUCAUUUUGUAUCUAAGAGAUGUUGACAUGCUCUUGUUUAGAUCUCAGAAGCUAUACAGACUGUUUCAAAAAAUGUUACAGAAACUUUCAGGACCAGUACGAAUAACACAUUCUGACAGCAAUGAAGAUGACAUCGAUGAUAUGAUCAUUGAUGUUCCUUAUAAUAUCGAGAUUAAGCCACCUGAAGAUGAAACACGUCUUGUUAGCAACAAGUCUCAAUUAGAGGUGGACCUGAAGAUGAUUCAGGGUCAGGACAACAGAAACCACAUUAUUCAAGUGCUAGCUGCAAACGAUAUCGAAUGUGAUGAUCUUGGCUCCAUUAAUGUGGAAGAUACCUUUGUUCUCAGCAGAUACAUUGAAGAGAUCGUUGUAUCAGCAAUUUCUUAUCAUUUGAUGAAUAAUAAGCAUGAAUAUAGGAAUGGGAAACUCCUGAUUUCAUUCGAGAGGUCUACUUUCAACAUAUUUGUCCUACCUUCAAAUCUGCCAAGGAUACAUCAAAGCCAGAAUCACGUGCCAGACCUUCAAAGGGAGCAGUCGGAGCACGUGGAUAUAUUAAGCCAGAAACUAAAGCUGAAGGUGCAGCUCCGAAAAACAAAGUUGGAGAAGAAGCAUCUGUGCUAAUGUCAAAGGAUACACCAGAUAAUGAGGCUGCAAGUCCAAAGGUCCCUGUAAGUACAGUUGAUCAACUGUGGUGAUCUUAGUAAUGUUGUUCAUGUGAUUGAUAAAUUCAAAGCAUUUUCUAUUGCUUCAAUAAAGAGCAAAUUAGUGCUUCAAGUUUGUGCUGAUUUUCUUUUU